CUAAUGGUAAUUAUUACUUUUAUCUUAAAUUUACAUUGCGUUGUAAAUGCUUUUUUUGUACGCUAUUAAUUUCGAUUAUUAUACUUAUGUAUUUUAAAAAACAAUUCAGAUAUAUACUCAAAAUCAGUCAGAAAAAAAGUGUGUUAUUACACAGGUGACUACUUCUUACUCAAAAUUAGGUAAUUGAAUGAUGUACAAGAGGCUCUAUACACGACCAAAUACCAACAGUAUGUAGUUAUUUAAGCUACUAUAAAGUGAUCGAUUAAAUACUACAAGUUCCUUUAAAAAAGGGUAGCAAGAUACUUUGACACGUCCAUGGUGGACACUAGUCGUGUAAGAUGUAUUCACGCCAAAAAAUAUAGAAAUUUUACGAAAAACAUUAGCCUUACUAGAGUUAAACAAAUUUACAGUCACGGAAUAUAAAGACCUUUUUUAAUUUUUAAGCUACCAGCAAAACUACUUCUACUUUGGUGUAAUCAUGUUUUGUUUAAUUCUAAAUAGUUUAAUGUUUCGGUAGUCAUUGAUCAAAUAUUUUACAUAUAGCGUAGGGGUAUUCCUGUAAGCUUACUUUAUAAUAUUAAUUCAAACUUUCAAAAAGGUAACUAACGAAGAAAAAGAAAAACAAAUGAUUGCUCAUAACCUCAUCUAUGAACAUAACCAAAAUGUUUUAUCAACUUCUUAACAAUAAAUAACAAUUUAUUUUGUUUAUAAUUUAAUAAUACUACAGAAUGACAACAAAAACAGUUGAUGAAAUUGUAGAUCCGGUAGAAAAAAUGCUAGAACGAACCGGUUGUAUUAAAUUACAUUAUAAAGUACAGGAAUGUAUUGCAGAAAUGAGAGAUUGGAGAAAAUGCCAAGGAGAAGUUACAGAGUUUAAAAAGUGCAUGGAAGAGUACAACAAAAAAAAAGGUUUGUCAUAGGUAGUAUUGAAAAAUUAAUAGUGCUAAAAUAGUUACAGCCAUUUGCAAACUAUUAAAGACUUAAUACCCUUGCAAAUACAUAUUUACUACUACAUGUUUUAAAUUGUGAGUAGUAGACUAAUUUUAUUAGUGUUCAUUGUAAUGUAUUUUACAGUAAAUAUAUAGAGUAAUGUCGCUCUUACAA